GUCACGCGGCUGCCAUGGCAACGCGCCCCGCCCCGGCCCGGCCCCCAUGAGGCGGUGGCGGCGGCGCUGGCUGGCGGUGGCCGGCGCCGCGAUGGCCCUGCUGGCCCUGCUGGCCCUGCUCUGCGGCUCGCAGGUUUUAAAAGCAUUUGAUUAUACCUCUCUAUGGAGGGAACAGCAACAGAUGUACAAGCUGGACAUAGGCUGGCCUAAAAUUCCAGAAUACUUCAAUGGCCAAACAUUUUGUGUUGCUGUUGACUCUCUUCAUGGUUUGGUCUAUGUAGGACAAAGGGGAGAUAAUGUACCAAAGGUCCUUGUAUUCUCAGAGGAAGGCUAUUUUCUUCACUCCUGGAAUGAUACAGUUGAAAUGCCUCAUGGUAUCUUUGUAUUGAACACUGCAACAGAUAGUUCAGUAUGGAUCACAGAUGUUGGGACUGGGAAAUAUGGGCACACCGUGAAACAGUAUAGCCCUUCAGGUAAACUUAUGCAGAUCUUGGGCACACCAGGUAGUGCCGGAUCAAGUUUGAUACCCCUACAAUUUGAUCAACCAGCAGAGAUCUUUGUAGAGGAGAGUGGAGAUAUGUAUGUUGUCGAUGGAGAUGGAGGAAUGAAUAACAGAUUGCUCAAACUAUCCAACGAUUACAAAGAGAUAUGGCUGGCUGGAACAAAUGGGACCGGCAUUGGUCAGUUCAAGAUUCCUCACAGUGUAACAGUGGAUCUUGUUGGACGGGUAUGGGUUGCAGACAGAGACAACAAAAGGAUCCAAGUUUUUGAUAAAGUCACAGGGGAAUGGCUCGGAUAUUGGAGCAGCUGUUUUUCAGAAGAUGCACCCUAUUCUGUCAGAUUUACUGCUGAUUACAAAUACCUGAUUGUAGCUCAGAUGAAUAUCAACCGAUUGGCAAUCUUGGCAGCACCACCAGUUGGCUCUAUUGGGGACUGUGUUAUGGUCAACACAGUCCAGCUGGCAGAUGAGACCAAACCACACCUUGUGGAUGUAGACAUGAAGAGUGGAGCAGUCUAUGUUGCAGAGAUUGGAGCCCAGCAAGUAAAAAAAUACAUACCCUUAAGCUGAUGCUUUCCCACAACUGCUGUGGCAUGAGCUUUGUGACGUACAAGACUUAUGACCACAUUUCAUUGAAUUUCCUGUAGCUUGUGUUCUCCGAGACAAGCACAAAAGAUUGUGCUCCCAGAACUGUAGAGCUAGUAAUCUGUUCUAGCUGUUCUGCAGUCCUGGAGAAGAGAAGCACUUGGUCUUGACCUGUUACUCAUUUUGGUAAUGCUAUGGUGGCUCUUGCUUUUGUUGCUGGCAGUUGUUAAAUGACUUUGAUGAGCAUCUCAACUUCAUUAUAUAAAACUUUACAAGGACAGCUACUGUUCUUCAGCUCCAAAAUUAUUCAGUAUGUUUCUUUGCUUAGCCUGUGUGUGUUGCUAAAUGAAGGUCAGAACUGCCCAAAAGAAGUGUAUAAACAGUUUCCUGGGAGGCAACCACCUCAUUUUAAUAUUUCUUCACUUGUUUUUUUCAAUCAUUGUGCUGAUACUGCCCAACAUUGGUCAUAGGGAUGCAUUGUGAUGUUGGAUAAGAUGCUGCUGGAUACUGGUGCCAGCACUGAUACUGGCAUCUGCCUUAGAGGGUUAAUGACAUAAGUAUGGAAAUCAAAGUUUUCAGCUCUAGCUAAAGUGAUAAAGUCUGUAAUAAGCUUAAGUUAAAUUGCUAUCAGGCACUUCAAACUAAAUUAAAAGUAUGUGCACAGCAGCCAAGUACUGAUUCUUAACUAAAUCAAUUCUUACCCCGAUUUGAUUUAUAUCAGCAUGAGUUUUCUGUUCCAUAAGAUUUCAUAGUGGAACGUUCUGAAGUUCAACUCAUUUAAAUUCCUCAAGAUAAACAAAUUGCAAUUUGCUAGGAAAGUCUUAAUCAGCAUUAGGCACUGGGAGACUCGUGAUUUUCUCCCAGUUUUGUUGAAGCCUUGCCAGUUAACAGCGGUGCAUCUGUUUUGAUUUGGGGAUUUUUUAACUGUUUUGUAUCUAGAACUUAGACUUCAUUAACUCCAGUAAUGUCUAGAGUUAAGUUUCUUAUACUAUAUCUUUAGCAGAUGCCUCCAAGCUCUGUCCUAAAAAAAUGCUGUUUCUUUCCAUUGCCAGUCCAAAGUAGUUCCAUUUUCUUUACAUGUUGCACAAGGUUUUAAAUUAGCUUAUUUUAUAGCAUAGGAGGAACUAGAUAUAGGAAAAUGGGAUGGGGAAAAUGGCAUGGCAGAAGUGAGACAGUGAAUAACUAAUUGCCUCUGUGAAGCUGUGGUUCUGCCUUCCAUAUUUUACUACUAGCUCUUCAAAACAUAGCUCUUCCAAACAAAGCUCUUCAAAACAUUGGGGAGAAUUUUUACUGUUUCCACAUGCUUAUUCUGUUGUGUGGACUGUUGUAAUGCUAAUUACUACCUAAGAGAGGCAAUUUUUUUCUACUUCCUUGGAAAGGGAAUAUGGGAAAUAUUCACUUCAGUGAAUGUUCUCAAUAGGAAAUGUGUCUUAAUUUGGCAGGUUUCAACCUGCCAAUCACAAAUUUGUGGGUUAAUAGAAAGAAAAUCUGUCCAGAAAGGUCCAAUUCAUAUAUUCUGUGAAAAGUAAUUGAGCUGUGAAGCAUGAUGGCCCGAGUUCAGUACAGUUUGAGAUGAGUACGCUAAGUGUGAAAGCUUUGUUGUUGGCUAUAUCCACAAUAACAAAAGCAGCUCUUAUCUGGCUGCCCGCAGGCAAGCCUUAGAACUAGAACUUCAGGGUUAUACUCUAGCAAAUGUGAUCCAUCAAUCACAUGAUCUUGAAUGGGAGCUAGUAAGCAAUAUUUAUUAGCUGAAAAAGUAGCAGUACUUCUCUAGACCUAGAUGGAUAUGUCCACAUUGCUUUGCAGUGUGUUGUGUGGAUUUUCUGACUAGGUCACUAGCUCAGGGAUCUCUGCUUUAUGUGCAAUUUAGCUAUUUUUCACCUAAACAAGGUGGAUUUCUUCUUAAAAAAUAUUGCUGUUACAUAAUUGAAUUUAUUUGAGUGUAACUUGGUGGUGUAAGGGAUCCAGGCACAUUCAUCCUUUCUCACCACAUCCUCUCCUUAUUUAUUUUUCUUUGUCACUUCUGUGUGAAACUGGACUCGGAGCUCUCUGGGAACAUGCUUCUGUGUUCAGUAAAGGAGUAGUGCACUUUUGGAUAUUGACAAGUAAGUUAUUUCUACAAGGUUCUGUUUGCUGCAUGGGUCUGCUCUCAACUCCUUUUACAUGGGCUUUUGCAGCCCGUAGAAAUGGGGAGCAUCGAUCCAGUUUUGUCUGGCUUUACUGAAGUAGGCCAUGGUGCUGAAGCGUGCCUUGCUUCUAGGUAUUUGGGUAUCUGUCGUAAGAAGGGAUGCUCAUUAUUAACUCGUAUGAGGUGCUUAUACUCCUUUUUACCUCUGCAUCUGUGAAGACUGAGAAUAUGAUUGAUUUGUGCGCUAACUUGCUGAUUUUCUGAAGGCUUUCUUAUGUAUCAUUUUGAAACUGAUUUCUGAAAAAUUGCAUUAUAGGAUAAUUUGAUAAAAUAAAUUGAAUUUUCCAUUUA